AGCACGGAUCAGAAGCUCAGUUACUCUGCUUAUGAUCCGUGCACGGCGCCCGCUAUAUCCGCACCCGGAUGCGGAUUUAGAAUUGUGUCAGACAAUUGGCUCCACAGGGAUCAUUAAUGGCACCAGUCAAUUGAUGAGAAUUAUCCAAAGAACAAAAGAAAUUGAACAGCCAUGUGUUCGGGCACAGCUAUUUAAGCUCAUGUCGUUAGGACUGGAGUCCUUGAUGCGACAAGCCGGAUGUGAAACCGGAUACACGACCCAAGGUACGGGCCGCGUUUCACAUCCGGUCGCACGGCUUGCUAAAGCAUAGUGGAACCUGGUGGUGUUAAUGCGACACCAGCGCGUUUCCCAUACGCUGCGGAACAUUGCACUUCGUCCAUCCUCACCUGGCAGACCUGCCACGAAGAGAACCGACGGAGAUGCUGGCCUAUCGCCUCCCAACGAGAGAUCCGGAACCCAGCCUACAUCGCCAGAGAAGCUACGGCAACUUCAUACAGCUAGGAGUUUAUUCGGAGAGUCAAUUAGCCAGCCGCACGUAGUGCUAGGGACGCCAAUUCCACCAACCCAACAAAGCUCGCGGCUCUUCCGGGCUCUAGCUCCGUCACCGCCUGCGCAGCCAACGACCCAUCCACUCGUCUCACAUUCUGAUCCAUCUACUCUCCGAAGCAGCACACCUGGUGUGGAUUACUCUUACUUGGCCACCAGGUUCCACAAGGGGGGGGAAGGACUCGCAAGAUGAUUCCUCGAAGGCUGGGGCGAGGGCCAAGCUGGCCGUUAUCCAGCGCGACCAUCGUUCACGACG